GAGAUAUACAUCUGUAAAAGGCCAGCAUGGGAGACACAUUUUGACAACCUUUCCAGAUGUGGUGCCUAGUGUUCAUGAAAGACAAAAACCUAUUUUGGGAGAGACGGGGUGUGGAAUACCAUGGCUUCUGUCGGCAUAGAAUUUAUGCAUAUGAUGGAUGUUUGGAAAUUUCAGUGAAUGCUACUGAGAAUAUUCUUCAGACAGCACAAUAUUGGGAGCAUGGGGCUCAAACAAACUCACCUGCCCGCUCUUGACUCUAAAAUCGUCAUUCAAUGUAUCCUUUGUCACCAGCAUAUCAUAGCUAUAACA